UUUUAUUAAAUUCGAUUUGCGUAAGCUAUUUUAUUUGGUUUUCAAAUAGGAUAAAUUUCUUCGAAAUUGUAGGUUGUGUGUUUCAAUGAAUUAUUAGUUUGAUUGGGAAAUUGUCACUUCCUCACUGUCCUUUUUCUUUGAACACUUAAAUCUCAAUCUCUUGUACAUGUGUACAAUUGGUGCAUGAUACAAUUUCUUCUCUGAGUAUUUUUCUAAGCAGAGCUUGCAUAUAAAAUUUCUUCUCUGAGUAUUUUUCUAAGCAGAGCUUGCAUAUACAAUGGAAGUGAACGAAAAGUGCGAUGUUUUUAGCUUUGGAGUUGUCACACUAGAAGUAAUUAUGGGAAGACAUCCAGGAGAUGUUUUCUCAUCUUUAUCAUCUCGGGCGUCAUCGUCAUCGUCAUCUGCAUCACCUGCCCCUGAAAUGCCAAUUUCGGAUGUUCUGGACCAGCGCAUCUCGCCACCCUCAAAUCAAGAAGCAGGGGAGGUGGUGUCUCUUGCGAAGAUAGCAUUUGCAUCCUUGAAUCCCAGUCCGCAGUGUCGUCCAACAAUGAAGAAAGUUUCUCAGCUCCUCUCAUCAACUCAGAGGCUGCAUUUGUCAAAGCCAUUGCAUAUGACAACAUGUGGUGAAUUGCUUGCUCUUGAUAGUUUGACUUCCUGAUGAGGAGAUGUGCUGCUUUUCUAUAUUUCACUUCAUUCGUGUCUGCCUUUAUUUAAUUCUUCUUAAAUGUUUGGUAUUUCGAAA